CAUUACCACCACCUCCACCAACACAACCUCCACAUCUACCACCUUCGCCCCCUUCACCGCCUGCAUCAACUGUCCGCGCCGGAUCGCCCCGUCCAUCUGUCGGGCGUCGUGUGGACUGCACGCUCCCAUCCUCCGUCUCGUCGUAGUCUCGACAUGGGCGUCCAAUCUGCUUUUCUCGGCAGCUUGUUGCGUGGUGCUCGAUCUUCACCCCGUGAGUCCCAGUAGACCCCGUCCGCAUCGGAGCCCAGCACACGGACACGACCGUCGUCGUCGGCCGCGAUUCAAUUUUCAUCUUCGCCUUCUCGUCCUCGUCCUCAUCGCGUCGCGGUUUCGCCCUGUCCAGCUUCGGUCCGUCUCUGUGCGCGCACGCGGCUCGUCCACGCCGUUUGCGCUAGUCAUCGAGUUGCCUCACAGGCGGCUGCUGGCGUGACAACCAGGCCGCCGUGACGGCAAAUCGCUCGUCUUCGCAUCAUGAUGCCCACCAUGCCGCCGAACCAGAUGGUUCCCAAUAGGCGGCAGCAAGACUACCAAUAUGGCGGCUAUCCUCCUCAGGCGCACCCGGUCUACUACCACCCUCACCAACACCCACAUCCGUACUAUGCUCAACCCAAUGCGCCCUACCACCCACAUCAAUGGUAUCCGCAGCAGCCGUAUCCUCCCCAGGGCUAUUCGCAGGCUCCGCGCCAGCACUUUCAGCAGUACGCGCCUCCAAUGCCGCCUCCCCAGCAGUAUACUCCUGCCGUAGUCUCCUCGCAGCCGCACAUUCACCCCUACACACCACCUGCCAUGACACGGCCGCACAUCCCCACGCCUCCGGUGGCACACUCGCAAGUACCAAUGCAGCCUGCCCCCGUCACCCCCUCGGCCGCAUCUGUGCAUUCGCUGCCCCAGCCGUCACCUGUACCUUCAGCACAGUCCACAGCGAUCUCGACGCCUCCUCCAACGUCCACACCUUCUCGUCCGUCGACGGCAGCAGCAGAGCUUGCCAACCCUGCCCCUGCAGAAUCAUCGGAUAUCGAGAGCACGCCAGCACCAAACACCGUUUUUGAGCCCCCGCUCCCGUGGCUGUCAGUACCAGAUCAGCCUUUUCCCGCUGCAGCUCGGCGACGGAGACGAAAGCAUGGUCAGGUAGCUGCUUCGACGCCUGGUCUCGAGCUCCCCACACGCGACGCAGAAUCCCAUCAGGCAGAUCCUGCUCAGAACGAAGAUCCACUCGAGCCGGGUGAGAUUACAGAAGAGCAGACGGAGUCGCAAGCAUCGACCGUUGCGGCACCAUCGGACCAGGAAACGCCAGCUACAUCGCAAGCACCGUCAGAGGCGGGGGAGCAGCCUGUGACACCGUCAUCUGUGUCCCAGACCACUCCCGCUUCGAGUCAAACUAGAGCACACACUCGCCCAGCUGUACCAAUCAUACCCAAAGUUCCGGCUUCGGCGACUCGCAAGCACUCCACGGCGUCGCAAAGCGAAUCGGGAAAGGUCUCCGCGGCAGACGCUGCUGUUGCUGCUGAAGCUACUACUCCUUUGCCCUCUGCUUCUGAAGAGGCUAAGCAUCCGGACGCCGCUCUUCCCGAGUCUGGGCCUGCUAAGACGAACGAGGCUUCCUCGGUCUCUGCGCCCAAACCAGCCCCAAAACUCUGGGCUGACCUCGUGCGGACCAAAGGCGCUUCUUCGUCUGGUCCUUCUCCCUCAGUUUCUAAUGGCAUCGCUACAGGAGCUUCAUCCGGCGCAUCUAAGGCAAACAAUAUGGCUGAGGCUGUCCGCUCUUUCGCCGUUGAUUCAGCUGAAAAAGUUGCUUUCAUCAUGCCCAGAGGCCUUGUAAACACGGGCAACAUGUGUUAUAUGAAUUCUGUCUUGCAAACUCUUGUGUUUUGUACACCAUUCUACAACUUCAUCGAUAUGGUCGGCAAGCGAGCUGCUCACUCUUUCAAGAGUGACACCCCGCUUCUUGACGCAACGAUUCUCUUCUUGCGCGAAUACCCAGUCAUAGAUUCUGCCGCUUCCGUCGAGCAACUCCGCAUGCGACUGAAGAGCGAAGAGUUGGAGCAAUUCGGAGAUGCUUUCAGGCCUGAUAAUGUGUACGAUGCCAUCAAGCGACUGCCGCGCUUCUCUUCCAUGAGACGUGGGCACCAGCAGGAUGCGGAAGAAUUUCUCAUCUUCUUCCUUGAGCAGCUCCACGACGAAUGCGUGAAGGUAAUCAAUUCCAUACCCAUUUCCGCAAUCGAAUCCAAGGAGCCAGUUUCUCCAGCUAGCGAGCGCUCGUCUGUCGCUGAUUCAGGCUGGCAAGAGGUUGGCCCUAAGCAGAAGGCCGCGAUUACCCAUACUUCUGGCCAUACAUACAACGAUACGCCCAUCACCAAGAUCUUUGGCGGGACUCUCCGAUCUGAACUUCGUGUACCGGGUAAGAAGAACUCGGUUACGUUCCAGCCAUAUCAGCCGCUGCAGUUGGAUAUCGGUGCACCUGAUGUACACAAUAUUGUAGAUGCCCUGAAGGGACUGACGCGGUCCGAAACCAUACACGGUGAUUUCAACUCACCCCGUGGCCCCGAUGUCGCGGCCACAAAGCAAAUAUUCAUUGAAACUCUUCCACCUGUGCUCAUACUGCACUUGAAGCGAUUCGAGUACAACAAUAUGGGCGGCACACAGAAGAUCUGGAAGAAGGUCGGCUAUCCGCUUGAGUUGACCAUCCCGAAGGAGGUUUUCCCCCAACAGAAGAGAGGACAGCUGGCUAUCAACGGCCUACCAAAAUACAGGCUCGAAGGCGUUAUUUAUCAUCAUGGAAAGAAUGCUAGCAGUGGUCACUACACGGUCGAUAUACGCCGUCAGGAGGGCCGAGAAUGGAUUCGUGUCGACGACACGAUCAUCCGUCGUCUCCGCGCUGAAGAUGUCGCGGAGGGUGGCGCUGAGGAAGACCCAAAAGUGCUAGCCAAGGCUUUGGAACAGCACAAGAAGGACGCAAGCAGCAAGAAUCUGUUUGACCAAUUUGGCGCCGUCGAUGAGGAGGACAAUCAGUCCGAGGGUGGAUGGAACACAGCCGGCCCUAAAGAGACAGGAACGAAGAAGUGGAGCGCGAUCGCGAACGGCAACAUGACGCCAAGUUCGGCUGGCACGAAGACGCCGCGGAAAGAGAAUGUCAAAGAUAAUAAGGUGGCUUACAUUCUCUUCUACCGGAGGAUAUGACACAUUUGAGUGGAGCCAGCGGCCUAUCAAGUCGAUGCUCUUGGUUCCGGUAGCUCUGGCAUAUACCCUUUCAUAGAUCUGACGUCGGUUCUUCUGCAUCUACAUUACGCAUCACGCAUCGUCCUCAUUCUCAUCGAAAUCGACAUCGUUAUUUCGCAAUGUACCUCUUACAACAGGUCCUGCUCCGCUGAUCUCUCAACGACACUGAACAACCAAAAGUUACUUGCACCACAUUCUUCUUUUGGGCGUGCAACAUAUGGGCGACGUGAGAAUCUGGGCAGAGUUGAUUCUCGGGUCUGCAAAUGACAAGGAAAGAGAGGGAGGGUGGAGGAAAAGGUGGAAAAGGUGGUGGAAGGAAUGAGAUCUAGCACGUGGAAGAAAUAUUUUGAAGGUGUCUUUUGCCUAAUGCCGACUUAGCGCGUCUCCUAGUUUUGCUCCAUCGCGGCACGAACAAGGAGUUGCACCAAGUGCGGGAAUGUGUAGGGAAAAAAAUGUGAAGAAACAUAAUUGCUAAAUAUAAUCCUCUCAGAGUGGCCG